AUUUAUACGGGGCUGCCUAAGGAAUGUAAACUAUUCAACAUGGAGGCAGCAGUCAAUAUGCUGGAGGCGACGUUCCAGAAGGCAGAGGCUGACCUGGAAUGCAUUGAAAAACAGAUAAAAUUAGAGUUCAUGACUGACUUUCCAGAUAAUGGAUUGGAAGAGGAAAACCCGGUGAAAAUACUGGAGAAACUGAACACUAUCAAAGCGCGAUACAAGGCCGUAUCUUCGCAGUUGAAGGAAAUCACAGCUCUACAGAAGGAGUCAAUGGAUGUGGUCAGAGCGCAUUUUGGCACUACAGUCCAGCUUCUCCAAGAACUUCAGCAGACUUCAGACUUCAUGGUUCCAACGUGGACUGAUGAGGAAAAAGAGGCAGCAGAGUGUCUUUGUUUGCCUGUAUCUCAGCACUCAGGACAGACACAAUCUGAUUUUGAGCUCCCAAGCAAUCAACAAGCACAGGCCUUGAGCAAAAAGGAGUUUGCGCAGCUGAGCGAGGAGCAGCUGGGGGCAGUACCAUGCAGUGUCCGCUGCAAUGUCAAGCUUACUGAUCUCAACAUGUUCUAUAAGCAGCUGUUUGAACAUUUCACCAGGAAUAACAGUGGGACCCUUAACAUGCUACAGAUGAAGAAAAUGAACAUGAAGGUCAAUGAUGCCAUGUUGAAAACCCUGAAGCACCUCUCCCUUAUUGAAAUGGACAAGAAAGGAAAUGUUCACCUAGCACCAAAAGACUGAUAUCUGCAUGGUACUGAGUUGUACUCGGACCGAAUUCCUAAUCAUUUUGCUAGAGGUUCUGUAUUUUUGGUGUUUGGAUUUCCCAAACAAGCUGCUAAA